GGUGGAGGGAGAAAGGGAAGGGCGCCACUAUUGAAAUCACGGGCUAAAUGGGUGGGACUGGGAAGUAAGAGAUUGGAAAAGACGGAAGGAUGUUGAAAAUAGAUUGGUUAAUCCAGCGUUUCCAGGCGCUUCUGGGCGCUUCCAACUCCCGCCCUGGAUGCUUCACUCUGCUGCUGGCCAUGACUUUAUCUUUGCUGAUGUAUCCAGUGCUGAGAAUGAUGGGCCUUCAGCUGCACUCGGCGCUGACUGGCAGCUACAUCUCUGGGACUCAUUCCGUGGCUUUCGUCAACUGCCCCAAUGAACAAACCGCAAGAGAUAUUGCAAGGGCAAUUAUGGACCGGAAACUGGCUGCUUGUGUGAACAUCCUCCCCAAAACCUCAACCAUGUAUAUUUGGAAAGGGGAGAUUGAAGAAGCUACAGAGGUACUUCUGCUAGUGAAAACGAGGACAUCUAAAAUCAGGGAGUUGUCAGACUAUAUCAGAUCCAUGCAUCCCUUUGAAGUCCCUGAAUUUAUCAGCUUGCCUAUUGACCAAGGAAACCCAGCCUAUUUGAAAUGGAUUGAAGAGAGUGUUCCGUAUGAUUAACAAGGGUCAUCGGGGACUUAGGGCUGCCCUUCUGAGAGAUUACGCUUUGCACCUCGGCAUGACCCUUCAUGCAUACAUAUUCCAUGUAUACGGACAGCUGAGAAGGCGCCUUCUGGUGAGUGGGAAGAGCAUCAGAGGGCGGCAUCCAGCUCAGGAAGCAGCUGGAACUUUGGCGCAAUCCUCUUAAGGUUGGUUUCCAUGAAACAUUUCCUGGAGAUGAUUCCUCAAGGAAAGUCAAUGAAUUAGAGGGUUGCCAACUCUAGCCUAGGAAAUUCCUUGAGAUUUGGAGGCAGUGUCUGAGGAGGGGGGAAUUUGGUCAAGGAUAAAACCUUGAAUCUAUGAUAUACCAUAGAGGUUACCCUCUGAGGCUGCCACUUCCUCUGGGGGAAUGAAGCUCUGUAGUCUGGAGAACCAAUCAGUUGUAACUAGGGUUGCCAAAAUCCAGUGGGGAAAUUCCUGGAGAUUUGGGGGUGGAGCCUGGGGAGAAUGGGGUUUGAGGGAGGGACCUCAGCAGGGUAUAAUGUCCUAAUGUCCAGUUUUCAAAGCAGCCAUUUUCUCCAAGGGAAAAUCUCUGUAGUCUGGAGAUCAGUUGUAAUCUUGGGAGAUCUUCCGGCUCCACCUGGAAGUUGCCAACCUUACUGACUGAUCAGGUUGAAAAUGAUCCAUCCUCAGAUCAGAUCUGCUUGCAAGAUGGCUUCUUUUACUUGAAAUAUCAGGAACCAGCACAUGGAAAUGGAGGCUAAGGGAUACUGGGGUAGGGAGCCAAAGGGGUGAAUUUACAACCCAAAGUUCAAAACUGUAUGCAUAUUCUACAACAAAGACAACAGCAUUCUGGUAAGCAACCCAGCUUGUGCUUCGAUUCUCCCUUCAGAUUUUCCUUCUCCCCCCCCCCUUUCUCCCUCCCCCCUUGCUUUUUUAUUCCUCAAUAUCUUGCAUCCUCCCUCCCUCCUACCCAGAAUUUCCUUCAUUUCUUUUUAUUCCACUUCUGCAAUUCUUUUGCAAAGUAUGGAGGGAGGGAGGUACUGUGUUUGGCUCCUCCUCCUGCAGCAGCCAUUUGGUGGUGGCUUUCACUACCCCCUUUCAAAAUUCCAGUGGUGCCCACAAGCUCAAGAAAUUUGGGUACAUCGAUCCUGUGUGUGUGUGUUAUGUGCUGUCAAGUGGCUUCUGACUUAUGGUGACCCUAUGAAUUAAUUAAAAGUACUCUCAUUUAAAGUUUACUUGGGUCUUGUAAACUGAAGGCCGUGGCUUCCUUCAUCAAGUCAAUCCAUUUCAUGUUGAAUCGUUCUCUUUUCCUACUGCCUUCAACUUUCCCUAGCAUUAUUGUCUUUUCCAGUGAGUUUUCUUAUGAUGUGAUCAAAUUACAAUAGCCUCAGUUUAGUCAUUUUGGCUUCUAUGGAGAAUUCAGGCUUGAUUUGGUCUAGAACCCCCUUUCUUUUCUGGCAGCACAUGGCAUCCAUAAAAUUCUCCUCCAACACAUUUCAAAUGAAUCAAUCUUCCUGUGAACUAUCUCCACAUCCACACAUAGCAAUGGGGAAUACCAUAGUAUGAAUUAUCUUGAUUUUGGUCUCCAGCGUCACUUCCUUACACUUAAAGAUCUCUUUUAGUUCCUUCAUGGCUGCCCUUUUAAGUCUCAAUCUCCUUCCGAUUUCUUGGUCGUAGUCUUCCUUUUGGUUGAUGAUUGAGCCAAGACAUAGAAAAUCUUUAACAACUCCAGUUUCUUCAUUCUUAAAAUUGUGUAAUUCUUCAGUAGUCAUCAUUACUUUUGUCUUCUUGAUGUUCAGCAGUAAUUCCACUUUAGCACUUUCUCUUUUAACCUUCCUCCCCCUAGCCUAAAGUAUACAAAUAUGCAAGUGAAAGCCAGUGUGGUGUAGUAGUUAUAAUGUCGGACUACGAGACUCAGGCUCAAAUCCCUCCUCCGCCAUGGAAGCUUGCUGAAUAAUCUUAGACCAAUCACACACUCUAAAUAAGUUAAAUUCUGCAAAUCUACAUAAUCCCUCCCAUUCCAUUCAUUCUGCAAUUUUUAAUAUUUUGCAUAGGUGUGUGUGGGGAGAACUAUGGAGCACACAUUGCCUUAAGUCACUGGCAAGCUGGAUACAGACAGAGUCCCCUUUGUUUUGGCCUGUAUCUAUCCCUCCACCAUUAGAGCUUUCAGCAAAGGUUAGCCACAUACUUCCAAGCCAUGUUCAAUGUUACUGCAUUUUUCAGCAGUGUGCUUUACGGCUAGCUGCUUCUUGGCAGCAUAGCUGGCUUUGAGAAGUUUGCAGCUGAUUUGCAGCACUGAGAUUCUGCAGUACAGAUUUUAGGCAGUAGCAAUUGCUGUGCACACCCCAAAGAGUGAGCUGGGAACAAAGCUAAGUUAUUGUUAUUUUAUUGUGCUCCUCUGAGUUUUGCCUCGGAUCUUCCAAAUAAAGUUCCUCAGUAAAGUGUGAAAGUGUCUUAGGUCACAUCCACCAUUCCUACCA